AUGUUUAUCUCAAAUUGCCAAAGAAGUUAAUAUGCAUUACAUUUAUUUUUCUAAUAACUUCCAUGUCUACAACCGACCCAUCUUGUUUUUAUAUGUAGAGCGUUAUAACAUCGAUAACUACGUUUUUCCUUUUUAAAGUUAAACUCGCAUGAUGGUGGAAGAAUGACACAAAUGCUUAUUAAAAUUAGACCCGUCACAGUAGUUCUCCUUGAUGGUAGUAAGACUCACCUGACAGACAGACGUAAGGUGCCAUAUGUAGGUACCGUUUCUGUCUGCCACUUUGUAAAAUGCACCAACAGAUGAGUUUGACAAGCCUCUGCUACGACUGCAUCCAAGAUAAUUUACAUGUAGGCUCCUUUGAUGAAGUUGUUCUGCAAAAUCUUCCAACAUUUAUCUUGGGGAAGCUUGCAUACCAUUUGAGUCCAUACAACUUAUUGAGGUUUAAUGGACUGUGGAAAAGCAGAGGCAUAACCAAUGAAGCUGUAUGGUUGGGGCAUCUUCAAGAGAUAGGGUGUUCACUCCUUGACUCUGUGUUUAGACAUAGCUCAAAUUACACAAAUUCCAUGAGUAGAAGAGCCAUUCCUCAAGACAAAUUUACAAAGUGGAUAUUAGGAAAAACACUGCACUCUUACUUGAUGGAGGAUCCAAACUUAUCACUUUCCAUCACUAAUCUAGAUAAAGUGAAACUGCUGCAUACUCCACUUCUGUGCAGCUCUAAAACCAGACAACAGUAUAUGGAAAAUGUUGCUGUGAGUGUUGAAAAAAGGGAUCUUCCACUGCAGUUAGAACUCUGUGCUAGACUGACCUCUGAAUUGUCCAUUUUUGAUUCUGAUAUCUCAAGCAUAUUGGGAAACGACAUGUUGCUAAAAGCUUUAUGUAGUAAUCUGAAAACAUUAACAGUUGUAAGGAUGAGACAAUCACCCUGCCCUUUAGAGCAUCUAAAACAGAUGUUGGUAAUACUAACUGAGCAGGGAAGUUUAGAAAAUUUGGUGGUGAGUGUUUUACCAAGUGGUAGUCAAGAGCAUAGGAGCAAUUUUUCAUUUUCUGACUUUAUUCUUUUGACAUCAGACCCCAAUCAUCUUUCUGGGACUUCCAGUAUAAUGCAAAUUUAUGAACCUGUUGAAAAUGACAUGGAAAAUAUCAGUGAUCACUGUAACUAUGAUAAUGGUUUGGAAACCUGUAACCAUGAUGAUGAUCUUUAUAACCUUGCAGUCUCCGAACAGUCUGCAUUUAUCAGAGGUGGAAUCAUGAACCCAUCAUUUAUCAAGCUGUCCAGCUUGGAUGUGGAACUCUUAUAUCUAAAUGCCUCUGAGUUGGAUGAUUUGUCCAAAGUUUUACCAAGAUGGCAGUCUUUAAGGAAUCUUCAUAUUCUUCUUGAUGACAGCAUCAUCCAUAAUGAGCUUUCCCUCCAACAGUUUGUGACAGCAGUGGGGAACAGUUCCAUCACUAGCUUAUCCCUGGAGAUGUCUCCUGGGCCAUACUUAGACACAACACUCAGGAGGGAAAUUAACUUGGAUUUCAUACAGAGAAUAAUGAAAGAGUGUGGUAGAUUACAGUCUCUGGAUUAUCAAGGUGCCUUUGGUAGUGACAUGCCUUAUGUGACUGGACUCUAUGACUGUGAUGUGUUGUCUCCUAAUAUUGUGAGUUUUGGAAUCUGUGAAAUUGGUACUUAUGUUGAUGGUACUGGCAGAACAUUUGAAGAUGGCUCAGUCUUCAGUAGACUUCUCCAGCAGACAGGACCUGGGUUGCAAUGUUUCAAGAUAGAGUCUCAGGGAAACAGAGAGUCCUGUAAUAUCAUUUUACAGACCAUUGCAGGAAAGAGGGAACUGGAAUAUUUGAGGUAUAAGUCAAGAAAUCUCCAUCAUUGUGUGUCCUCUGUCACACAAAUGAUCACAGAUCUCCACAACUUGAAGAUAUUGGAUCUCCCGGAGUGUAACAUUGAUGAUCUCUUCUUUACCCCCAGUUUAAUUGAGGCAUUGGCCAAACAUCCCAGUCUAGAAGAAAUACUUUUGAGGAACAACAAACUGGGUGAUGGAGCACUGCGAGGGCUACUGCAGGUGUUCAGGAGGGCACAUGCUGGGGAACACAGUCAAACUAAACUACACACCCUAGACAUCAGUUUCAGCAAGCGAUGUUUUACAGAAGAAUGCCUCACAGAGUUUGCCAGAGGACUGGAAGUCAUUGCUAAAUAUGAGAAAAGACACAUCCUUUAUAGACUGGCGUAUAUUCAAUGUCAUUGGAAACCUGGUUUAAAACCAUGGCAAUUAACUCAACAAGAUAUCAGGCAAAUUCUUUUAAAUUCUGUUCAAUUUCCAUAUGGAAGCCUGCUUCCAACAGAAGCCUCAACAUUAUUUGGAGAAUUCUUGAGUCAAAUGUGACUGAAACUUAUUAACACUGAUGGUGGUCAUGAAUUCUACAUUUAUCAAGUAAGUUUCAUCAUCUUUUGAUAGGCAAUCCAUUAUUUUUUCAUUAUUAUUUUACAUUAAUAUUAAUUUUCUUUUCUUUUUUUGCUGAUGAAAAGUAAAUGAUUUACUUUACGAAAAGUUGUGUGCGUAUCAUUUUAGGUACAAAGGUAUAGCUAGGCUGUUUUGGGCCAGAUACUAUGGGAAUGUUCAAAUGUUUGGCAAUGUUAUAUUAAGCGCGAAGAGUGGAAGAUUAAUUACAUUCAUACUUAUGCUAAGAAAAAGAAACUAAAAACAACUGUCAAGUCAGUUUGAUCUUGUAUUCAUUGUAUGAAAUUUAAUAAAUAAUAAAUGGCAAUGAUUUAAG